AUGAUUGAGAAAACCGAUACUGCUCCCGAAAAAACCGAUGGCGAUGAAGCUCGUGCUGUGACCGAACGUUCGUCUGCGCCGCUGUGGACCCUGCGGGAGGAGAUCGAUGACCUGUUCGAGGACUUUUUCGCCGGAAACCGCUUCGGUCCGUUUCGCGGCCGGCGGUUCGGCUGGCCGCGCCAGCGUGCCGGAAGCGGGUUUUCCUGGGGCAUGCCGACCGUCGAUGUCAUAGACAAGCAAGACGCCGUCAAGAUUUGCGCGGAACUUCCCGGAAUGGCCGAGGAUGAUAUCGAUGUCCAUGUCACCGACAGCGCGCUGGUGCUGAGCGGCGAAAAAAAGGAGGAGCGCGAAGAAGGUGACAAGGAAGGCGAGCGAUAUCUUGCCGAACGCCGCUACGGCUCUUUCAGCCGGACCAUUGCCAUUCCCGAAGGCAUCGAUCACGACAAGAUCGAAGCCAAAUUCAAAAAUGGUGUGCUGACCGUGCAUCUUCCGAAAAGGCCUGAGGCUCAAAAACCGAGCAAGAAGAUCAAGGUCCGAGCCGACGCAUGA